CUGUGGAGGGGAAGUGAGACGACUGACCGACCAGAAAUACUUUCUUCUCUUUUUAUUCUCCUGCUUUCUGACCAUCAACAUGCUGAAGAUCGCGCUGGUCGCUGUCGUCAUGGCGAUUGUUUCUGCAAAUCCAGGUGAGAAGUUGUUUAGUUGCUGUAAGAAAGUCAGCAAAGCUGAGAUCAAAGAACCGAUAAUAAAGUUUGAGGUCCAGCGGCCGAAUCCUCCGUGUGUGACAGCCGUCAUCUUCACCACCCAGACGGGGCAUUACUGCAGCCACCCUCAGGCUCCCUGGGUUUUCCAGAAGAUCCAAGAACUGAGGAGAGCCAAAGCUCAGUCGUCCACUACUCAGGUUGUCGCUUCGACCCCUCCAUCAACUUCAUCUUCGUCUUCCGCGCUCCUCUCCAUCAUUACAUCCUCCACUGCUCCGCCUUCAUCAUCGUCAGCCGGACCGUCUUCUCCCUCUUCAUCUUCGUCUUCCUCCUCCUCUGCCUCCACAAACGCAGAAAGUGAGACGUUUUCUGCAUCCACAGAUCAGUAGAUCUGCAGCUGAUGCAGAAAAACAGAAAAUAUAUUUGAUUCAUUUUUCUCUGUACAACUAAAAACUAAAGAUAAAAAUAACGAAAGAACAGAAUUAAGCUAAAUUACGAUUCACGUUAAAUAUUCCGUUUUUCAGUGUUAAUUUGGUAAAGUUAUUUAUUAAAGUAUUUCACUGUGCAGGUACAGGAUAAACUAUAUUUAUAUUUAUUUACAAAGCUCCAAAGAGUUUAAUAAAUGAUAAAAUUGCCUGUAAAAUAUUUUAAGCUAUCUGUCUACUUUAAGGCAUUAACUUUUCACUCUGAAGUAAAACUGUAAAGACAUAAAGAUUGUUUUUAGAAAUAAAAAUAUCUCAU